AGUGCAGGAGAAAAGUUCUCGGGUACAGAGCUAUAGAGGUAGAAGAAAUACGCAUUAUCAAUUAAAGGGAAAAUUUGCUGAACGAUGCCAGGAGGAAACACAGGAGAGGAAGGGGAGGAGGAAGAAGGAGACAUCAAGAGGAAUAAAGAUGAAGAAGGAAAGAGGGAAAUAAACACGUCUCUCGACCCGUCCCUCCUCCCCUCAGCUGGAAGGGAAAAACCAUCAGCAUCCCUAGACUUUCCUGGCGUGCGCUUCGCUGAUGACAACAUCACGACGAAGCCACGCCAGGAGACCCAAGUGGUGGUGGAGAGCAUGAAGAAGAACGAGGUGGUGGAUACGAGACCAAAGGAGGAAGUGGAGGAAAUGGUGGAAGUAGAUUGGUUUGGGAUUCCAUUAGCAGACUCCACCUUACCAGAUUAUACCUCCAUGUACCGUCACCACUACCCUAAUCCCCACCACGUGCCGCGGGAGAUGGGCAGAAUGCCGGGUCCAGCAGGGAAGCCACGAGAGUUACAUGAACAGUUUGAGGGCGUGGGAUGGGUGCCGCGUGACACAGCUCCGCGCGGGCAGGUGGGCGGCUACGUCAAGAUGGGCGGGGAGGUGGGGCGGGCGCUGCUGCAUCCCCAGGGCACUCUCUGGACCACGCCCCCGCACCGCCUGGCCGUCAUCAGGAGGACUGACCCCACCGAGUACUUCAACCUGUGUGACCCCCAUAACAAGGUCCCGGUGGAGCGCCUCGUAUACCAGUGGACUCUACGUGACCAGGCUGCGGUGGACGAGCGUGUUAAUCUGGGCCGCGCCUGUAGAUCUUCGGGCUUCACCAGGAACUCUAGCCCGCACCUCCCUCCGUCAGAAAACAGAACCUUCGUCUCUGAGUACGGCCUGAGGUACGGCUCAAGGGCACCAAGGAAUGACAUCGAGGGUCUUCACCACGCCCUCGAGAACCCUCCCGCCCUCCACCCUCCCGAGUACCCAGCAUACGGGGGCACCACCACCAUGGACGACACCCCCAAUGCCUUCCACAGGUUCUCCCCGCAUCUACUACGCAAGGACCCGAACUUAAAGAACAUGACACCUUCGCAUCACCUUCGCCAGGCGCAUAAGGACUUUUCCAACACCUGACCUUAAGCUGACCUUCACCUGACCAACGUUCGCCUAAGUAAACGUCAUCCAAACGUUCUUCCUCACCAAACGUUUCUCGUCUCCCAGAGUUUCUGUAAACGUUGGAAUGGUGUGUUGUGAUCGGUGAUGUCUUUUGGCGUUUGGUGUUUGGUAGAAUAGGAGUGUGGUGUGUUAAGGCAAGGUGAACGAGAGGUGUUGAGUGUAAGAACGUAAGAAGGUAAGGGAAGCUGCAAGAAGUCAGUAGGCCUAAGUGUGGCAGCGAGUAUGUUUUCUUUAUGCAAGAGGGACACUGGCCAAGGGCAACAACAAUAAAAAAAAAAAAGUACGAAAAAAAGUCUCACUAAGAGUAACAGUCCCUAAAGAAAGGUAAAAAGGAAUCAUGUUGUGUGUAAGUGGUUGUGUUUGUGUUCUUUGUGUUUAACUGUAAGAUUGUACUGUGUUUUAUUCAUCUAUCUGUUUAUUUGUUUGUCUAUUUAUUUACUUUUUUAUCUAUUUUACUUGUUUGUCUCUAAGUGUUUGGUUUAAUAAUCACGAUGUAUUUAACCUGUCUAUCCGUUUAGUAGUAGUUAACUGGUUUGUUAUUCAUUUGUCCAGACAUUUAGCUAAGUAUCUAAGAGUAUCAUUCACUCGUUCACUUGUUGGGUUGUAAUUGUUUUGGUUAUCAAAACAAAAUUUGUGGAUGGUGGUGAUGGU